AUGUCCCCUCCCGAAGCUCCACCGAAGGAUACACCCAUCCCGACAUAUCUUAUCGAUUUGUCACUGCCGCCUGCAGAACGAUAUGUAGAACUCGCGACAAAAUUUGCUCCAGAAAUGAGAGCUUUAACUUCAUUAUUGGACGAAGUUCUACAACUGGUAAUCCCAUGGCUAUGGUUACGGAAAGUCAUCGAGUGGCUCGCUUCGAUUUUCCUACGUCGUGUCCACUCUGUAGAGGAGACCGAGGAGCUAAGAGGCAUUUCCGCGGCGUGCGGGGUAGACUUGUACUUCCUUAUUUCAUUGAAUGUGCUUCUGGAUUCUUUGUUGGGUUGUACAAGUGACGGUGCAAUGACUUCGUUGGGUCGAAAAGGGGAACGUGGAAAGAGGAUGAUGCAUUUCAGAACGCUUGACUGGGGAAUGGACCCGCUGCGAAAUGUGCUAGUCAGCUUAGAAUUCGUGAGGUCCAAGAGUGACGAUCCAGAAAAGAUUAUCGGGAGAUCAAUCACAUAUGCUGGCUUCGUCGGAAUGUUGACUGGUGUCAGGAAGGACCUGUCUGUUUCAUUGAACUUUCGGCCUACCCAUGCUUGCUCAACAGUGGCCCUACGAAAGCACCAGCUUCUUGUCCUGCUUGGAUUCCGACCUUCCGUCUGCUCAUUUAUCCGCAAUAUGAUUAUACCUAGCGAGGUCGAGCAACAAGCAAAUCCUGUCUCUCUUGAAUCCCAAGUGGCGAAAACCGCAAAACGCAGAUGUCCGCCGUGUUAUCUUAUUCUCAGCGAUGGGACAAGCACUGCAGUGAUAGAGCGUGAUCUUUACACUGCCGAAGUCCGAAUUGACAAGGAAUUCAUAGUAAUCACCAACAAUGAUACCAAGCCCUCCGAUCCAGAUAACCCUUCUGAAAGCAAGUCCAAAAAGGAGAAGAGCUCGCUUGUACUGGAUAUGGAGUCAUGGAUCGAAGAGAGUGAGGAACGGAGAGUCUGUGUGUGGAAGAAAUGGAAUAGUGUGAAGAGACGUCAGGAAAAGAGGCUACUCAAAGGAGGUGCGUUCCAAAAGGACGUAGCAUUACAUGGCUGGGCGAGCGUGAGAGAGGAGACAUUGAGAAACUGGCUACGGGCAUACCCGGUGAUGAACGAGUGCACUCACUUCAUGUGCAUCAUGGAUGCACAAGAAGGCACGGUCAGAUCUCUAGAGAGGGGGUUUGUGAUCGAAGACAGCACAGGAGAUAGCUCCGGAGAGGACUUACCUUGA